AUGACUCUCAUCGAUGCACAAGUGCACUUCCUAGAGGAAUGUGUGGUACUGGUACACAUCCCAUUGGAGCUGUACCCGUACUUUUUAAAGUCGGUUCUAAGACUCAUUUUUGAUGAAAUUCCACCACUGGAAGAUGAGAAAGAUGAUGCUUCAUUUGAUGAUUUCGAAAACACUUCCGAGUAUGACUCGGCGUUUAAACCACCUGCAUUCAUGAACGUCUCUAUCACUCCAGUAGAAGUCUCUGUCAUGUGUCCUAGACGUCUGGUCGAUAAAUACUUCGUCCCGGUCAUGGACCAACUCGACCAAUUGGAUGACUCACUCCGAUCCCGUCUGAUCGUGAGUGAAAAUGACUAUAUCGCCAUGCAAGUCCUCGGCGAAGGCCUCGAGGCCGGCAAACGAGUCUUGGAAUUAACCAGUCCACUUGCCCUGGCAGGCAUCUCCAUCUUCUUCAUCUCAACCUACUUCUCCGACUACAUCGUAGUCCCCAAACAAAGCAAAGCAAGCGUGAUAUCCGCGCUAGAAAAAAGAGGCUUCCAAUUCAACAACGCCUCAGCAGCCUUCAUCACAAACCCGCUGAGCCCAACAAUCGAAAGAAGACUUAGCGACCUCGUCCCACCGGGAACACCGCCGCCCUCAACCCUAGGCGAACUCCAAACCCGCACCUUCAACAACCUCCGAAAACACCAAAUCACCCCUUCCGUAGACGACUCCCUCCGUCUAGUCCAGUGCGCAGCCCACCAUGAAUACCACAGCCAAGAAUCAUCAAUGUCCAUCCUCCGCGACGCCCUAACCACAGUCCUCCUCGUCGACGAACCCCGCUUCCUAUCGCUAACCCUCGCAGCACUCGACCCAGCAGCCUCCCUCCUGCUAGAAAAGCGUCUCCUCCCCCGCUUCGCCCGCCAAUCUAUCUCUUCAGGAGGAACACGCGUCUACGAAGAUGGCUCCGGUCUUCUCCUCGGCUCAAAGGAAGACCAUCUAGUCCCAAUCACCCUAGAUCUCCGCGACCUGCCCCUCGAAGCAUCCGGCAUCGUCUGCGGCGUCGCAGGCCGUCUCGCAGCCGCAGCUGCAGUCCCAGUCUCGUCGCGUGCUGGUUCCAUCAGCAAUGGGUCCAGCAGCAUCGUCGGCUCCGUACCUGGACUAUUUGAUUCUUUCGGGACUCGUCUUGCGGCACUCUCUAUCGAUAAAUCAUCCACCUCCGCCCCCUCUCAUGCAUUGCAGCCCUUGCCGCACUCGACGCAUCAUCUACAACCUGAUGUGGAUGUUGCCGACGCGGUUGAGAUUAGCUUCUUGAGUACUGCUCGUGCGGGCACGAUUAUUGUUGGUGAGGAUGAGCUUAGGAGGGCUAUUGAUGCGCUUGAGGAGGAGAAGAUGCAGUCGCCUAGGCUUGAUGGGUUUGGGUUUGAGUCGCGGACUCCGCCGGAUAGUCCGCAGCAUCGACAUUGA